AUGUCGACUGCUACACCGAGCCGGGAGGGAGGACGGCCGGCGGCCUCCACUCCCCUGUCCCCGACCAGGAUCUCCCGCCUACAGGAGAAGCACGACCUGCAGCAGCUCAACGACCGCCUGGCCGUCUACAUCGACCGAGUCCGGGCUCUGGAGCUGGAGAAUGACCGCCUCAUGGUCAAAGUGUCGGAGAAGGAGGAGGUGUCCACGAGAGAGGUGAGCGGUCUGAAGGCUCUGUAUGAGGCGGAGCUGGCAGAUGCUCGCAGAGUCCUGGAUGAGACGGCCAAAGAGAGGGCCCGGCUGCAGAUCGACUUGGGCAAGGCUCAGAGCGAGCUGGAAGAGGCCAACAGGAGUUUGAAGAAGAAGGACGGUGAGCUGGCGGCGGCCUUGUCCCGGACUGGAGCUCUGGAGGACAAGCUGAACCAGAGUGAGGCUGCCCUGUCCACUGCUCUGAGCCAGAGUGCUGCCCUGAACGCCGAGCUGGGGGAGGUCAAGGGGCAGCUGGCUAAGGCAGAGGACAGCCACGCUGUAGCCAAGCGGCAGCUGGAGGCAGAGACCCUGAUGAGAGUGGACCUGGAGAACCGCUGCCAGUCCCUGACUGAGGAGCUACAGUUCAGGAAGAGCAUGUUUGAGCAGGAGGUGCUAGAGUCGCGGCGGCGUCAGGAGCAGAGAAUCGUGGAGGUGGACUCUGGAGUGAGGCAAGACUAUGAGUUCAAACUGGCCCAGGCUCUGCAGGACCUGAGGAAGCAGCAUGACGAGCAGGUGUCUCUGUACAAAGAGGAGCUGGAGCACGCCUUCCAGGCCAAGCUGGAGAAUGCAAAGGUGUCCUCAGACCUGAGUGACAAGGCGAUGAGCAGUGCUCGAGAGGAGGUGCUGGAGUCCCGCAGCCGCAUUGAGAGCCUGGGCUUUCAGCUCAGCAGUCUGCAGAAGCAGCUCGCCGCCUCAGAGGACCGUAUCCGUGAGCUGGAGGAGAUCCUGUCGACGGAGCGGGACCGGGCGCGCCGCACUCUAGAGGGCAAAGAGGCCGAGAUGAAUGAUCUGAGAGAACGCAUGAAUGCUCAGCUCAGUGAAUACCAGGAGCUGCUAGAUGUCAAGCUGGCCCUGGACAUGGAGAUCAACGCCUACCGCAAGCUCCUGGAGGGGGAGGAGAGCAGGCUGAAGCUGUCCCCCUCCCCAUCCUCUCGAGGCACUGUGACAAGGAUGAGUGGUUCUGCCUUGUUGCGCUCGAAGAGAAAGAGGCAGGAGGCAGAGGAGGGGGAGGAGCUUAGGAGUGAGGAGCAGAGGGGCGAGCUCCUGCUGUCCGAGGAGUCCACAGCCUCUGGAGUAGUCAGCAUCUCCCCCACAGACAUGGACGGCAAUGCGGUCACUCUGAGCAACGCCAGCGAGCAGGACCAGUCCCUGGGCAGCUGGAGGCUCAGUCGGCAGGUGGAUGGAGAAGAGCCUUUGGUCUAUAAGUUCUCCCCCAAGUAUGUGCUGAAGGCUGGACAGUCUGUCACGGUUUGGGCAGCAGGGGCCGGUGUAGCACAUAGUCCCCCCUCAGACCUGCUGUGGAAGAGCCAGGCUUCAUGGGGCACAGGAAAUGAUGUCAUCACCUCUCUGACCAACACUGAUGGAGAGGAGGUGGCCCGGAGGAGAGCUACCAGGACCCAGGUGGAGGACGGAGAGGAGGAGGUGGAGGUCAAUGGCACGGGGCGUGGCUCAUCUCGGGAGUGUGCGGUCAUGUGAUCAUCACCACCAGAGAAGCGAGCUGUUUGGGACGCGUUCUCCCAUAAACGGCCUUUACAACCUUUCUUUAAAAAAAACGUAUGGAAAUGGAAAAAAAAAAAGUUUGUGUGUUUUUAAGACUCUGGAAUUUUCAAAUUUAGCUCAGAACUCAAUUCAACAUGUUUUUCCCAACUUCUGCAACGACACUCUUCAGAAGUCUCCUUCAGAAGAGCAGACACGUGCAUGAAGAAGCCUCUCUGGAUCCAAGUGUCUGAAAGCCACAUCUUUACCAGACUUUUUGCACUGUAUAAUUUUUUUUCAGUUUUUGUUAUAAUGUGAGGAAGGACCCCCUUUUUCAAAUUUCCACUAUAUCUCUGCAGUGAAAUUAUGCUAGUAUUAUUAUUAUCAUACAAAUAUUAAACAACAAAUAAUACAAUAAUAUAUUGUGUUUUUAUAUUUUGGCUCUUUCUCAAACUGCCCCCUCUCCCUCUGUUCUCUACUGCAAAUGUGGUCCAGGGAAGGCUAAAAAGAACUAUAUGAAGCCUUUGCUCUUGUAGUUUAAAUAAGGUACUACAAUCACAACUGAACGUCUGUUGCCAGUGCCUUAACCUGCAGAUGGAAGACAUGCACGUUUUUCUCAUUCUCAGUAUGUGGAUAUGUCAUGCCUCAUGUGAAUGCUCAGAACUCCCAGAAUUCACCCACUGAGCUGCAGAGGCUGCACUAGCACUGCUUAAUCAUUGGCUGCAGGUGCUGGAGUUUACAUAUUGACCAUUCAGAUCAGGGAGAAUCUUUUUAGGCUUUAUUAGACAACCAUCUUGAGAACCCAAACACCAAAAUGAUGAGGUGCCGCAGCAGCAUUGAAGGGCAAUAAAGCGUAUUUUAGGGUACUUUACUGGUUCCUGGUGCAUAAAACACAGUAAUGCUCCUUAAAGUUAGAAGUGAGAGAGGAGGAGGAGGCACUCGUUUAGAAAGAGCCUUUAUCACUAACUGAGCAGCUGUCAUGAGCUACAGCAGCAAAAAAGGGUGGUAUCAGUGAAUUUGAUUUGGACAGGGUAGCAGAGAAGCACACUCUAAUUGGCUUCCUUGUGACCAGGGGUGGAAAGUAAUUAAUUAAAAAUACUCACCCUCAUGUGACAAAGUCCUGUAUGAGACCACUGGACUGGGCAAAGAGAACUCAACAGGGACAGCUUCAUUCUCUGCUCAUCAGUGUUUCAGAAGAUGCACUGAAAGCUUAAUACUCCUUUGUUUUAUGCUAUUAUGGACAUGUGACAUGUUAAAUGUGAUUUAUUAUGAACUUCAAUCAUGAUUGUCUCUGAAGCUUAGUUGAACUUGAGGUCCAGAUAAUCUCUGUGAAACACUCCGUCACUGUCUAAACAGAAGCGCUUCUUUUAGAGAGUGGUACAAACAUGUACUUUUCAACUUGUAAUAAAUCUUUUUUUAUCAGUAA